AUGUCGGCCGUGUUCAACAACGCGACCCUUGCGACAACCCUCGCGCAGGGCAAAAGCUACAUGCAGACGCUGCACAACGUGCGCGCGUUCCAGCCCCAGCUCAACACGAUGGAGCAGUACUGGGCUGCGUGGUACUCGUACAUGAACAACGACGUGCUAGCCACGGGUCUGAUGUUCUUCCUGCUGCACGAGUUCAUGUACUUCGCCCGGUGCUUGCCCUGGGCGGUCAUCGACCAGAUCCCCUACUUCCGCCGCUGGAAACUGCAGCCCACCAAGAUCCCUAGUGCCAAGGAGCAGUGGUACUGCCUGAAGUCCGUGCUGCUGUCGCACUUCCUGGUCGAGGCCAUCCCUAUCUGGACCUUCCACCCCAUGUGCCAGAAGCUCGGUAUCUCGGUAUCCGUGCCUUUCCCCUCUAUCAAGACCAUGGUCUCGCAGAUAGUGCUUUUCUUCGUCCUCGAAGACAUGUGGCACUACUGGGCUCACCGCCUCUUCCACUACGGUGUCUUCUACAAGUACAUUCACAAGCAGCACCACCGUUACGCCGCUCCCUUCGGCCUGGCUGCCGAGUACGCCCACCCUGUUGAGACCCUAUCUCUCGGCUUCGGCACUGUCGGCAUGCCCAUCCUAUACGUCAUGUACACCGGCAAUCUGCACCUGUUCACCUUGUGCCUGUGGAUCACUCUGAGACUGUUCCAGGCCGUCGACUCCCACUCGGGUUACGACUUCCCAUGGUCUUUGAACAAGUUCCUGCCCCUGUGGGCCGGUGCUGAACACCACGACUUGCAUCAUCACUACUUCAUCGGCAACUACGCCUCUUCUUUCAGAUGGUGGGACUACACUCUGGACACCGAGGCCGGUCCAGAGGCCAAGGCUGAGAGAGAGGAGAGAAUGAAGAGAAAGGCCGAGCAGAGAGCCAAGAAGGCCAACUAG